CAUGGAGCAGAAAGCAGACAGCUCUCCUACCAGGACAGGGAUGAGAGUAAAAAUGAAGGCUCUUUCACUUUGGCUUGUGACAUGCACAGCUGUUUCUAGCAGUCUUCCCUUCUACCCAGAGAAAGAUAAUGAAGAUGCAAAGCUUGUACAGAACUACUUGAAUAAAUUCUAUGCUGUUGACCCAGAUCCAAAUCAGCUUGGAUGGAAAAUAAAUGCUGACUCUGCAGCUGAAAAACUUCAGAAAAUGCAACAAUUUUUUGGUUUGAAAGUGACUGGAAAACUGGAUAAUGAGACAUUGGAAAUGAUGAAGAAACCCAGGUGUGGAGUUCCGGAUGUGGGUCUCUAUGGCUUCACCCUGCCUGGAUGGAAAAAAAACAAACUGACAUACAGAAUUGUGAACUACACACCAGAUAUGAGCAAGGAGGAUGUGGAUAAAGCACUUGAGAAGGCGUUUAAAGUGUGGAGUGCUGUCACCCCGCUGAUUUUUGCUCGCAUUCAUAAGGGAAUAGCAGAUAUAAUGAUUGCUUUUGGGUCCAAAGUUCAUGGACAUUGCCCUCGCUAUUUUGAUGGCCCCCUUGGAGUUCUCGCUCAUGCCUUUCCACCUGGCAAUGGUUUAGGCGGUGAUGUGCACUUUGACGAGGAUGAAGACUGGACCACAGGCUCAGCUGGGUUCAACUUGUUCCUUGUUGCUGCUCAUGAGUUUGGCCAUGCCCUGGGUCUCUCCCAUUCUAAUGAUCAGAGGGCUCUCAUGUUCCCCAAUUAUGCCUACAUCAGCCCCAGUGAAUUUCCCCUCUCUCCAGAUGAUAUAAGUGGCAUUCAGUCCAUUUAUGGAUCACCACCAAAUGCCCCAGAUAAAAGGCCAACCACCCCUACCUCACCUAAAAUCUGUGGCUCCCAGAUAUCUUUUGAUGCUGUAACUACACUCCGACAAGAAGUCAUUUUUCUAAAGGGCAGGCACUUAUGGAGGGUAUAUCCUGAUAACUCAGAAGCUGAACAUGAAUUAAUUUCUGCCUUCUGGCCAAAUCUGCCUCCUGGUAUUGAAGCUGCGUAUGAGAACACAAAAGAUCAGAUCCUACUUUUCAAAGGCAACAAAUUCUGGGUUAUCAGUGGAUAUCAGGUGUUGCUCGGUUAUCCAAAGAAUAUCAACACACUGGGCUUCCCUAAAGGUGUCAAGAAAGUUGAUGCAGCUGUUUGUAAUAAAAAUACAAGGAAGACAGACUUUUUCAUAGGUGACAAGUACUGGAGGUUUGAUGAAAACAGCCAGUCCAUGGAGAAGGGUUAUCCUAGACUGACAGCCGAUGAAUUUCCAGGAAUUGGUCAGAGGGUUGAUGCUGUUUUUCAACAGAAAGGAUUAUUCUACUUCUUUCAUGGACCGAAACAGUGGGAGUUUGACCCUAUUGCUAAAAAAGUUAUCAGAGAAAUGAAGAGUAAUGGCUGGUUUCACUGCUAGCAUCAUUAAACAUUCUUUCAUUCAGCAAAAGACAAUAACUACCAUUCCAGAGAUCUCAGAAAUUGUUUGUAUGCACACUGCUCUACACAAUAGGCAACAGGACUAGUUUUCAAAAAUACUUUUCAUGUAUUUUGAUAAAUUAACAUGUCAGCUCAAAUUUUAUUUUCAAAGACUAGAACAAAAUUGCAUUUUUCCCAUAAAUGAAAAUUAUAGAAAAUAAUUUAUUACUUUAUUCUCCAGAUGGUUUGGGGAAUUUUUUUUAAUAUUACGGCAAUAAAGAGUUUUAGGUUGAUGGCAUCUGUUUUCUGCUUCAUCUGUUGAAGGCAUUCUACAUUUCUGAGGUGUGAAAGGCUGCAAGUUAACAUUCUAUUAUCCCUCCAGCAUACAAUGUUUAUACUUUGCCUCUUUUCUCUCCAAAGAGCAAGCUUCUUUUC